UAAAUCGCGAGCUUUCCCUUUCUCUGUCCGAACGAACGACGUCGAAUUCUAGAUUGUUCGACGGCGAUGGGAGCUGGGAGAGAAGUCAGCGUAUCACUAGAUGGAGUCAGAGACAAAAACUUGAUGCAGCUCAAGAAACUCAACACGGUUCUCUUCCCUGUUCGCUACAGCGACAAGUACUACGCCGAUGCAAUCGCUUCCGGCGAAUUCACCAAGCUUGCAUAUUACAGUGACAUAUGUGUUGGAGCUAUCGCCUGUCGUCUGGAGAAGAAAGAAGGUGGGGGCAUGCGAAUUUAUAUAAUGACGCUUGGUGUUCUUGCCCCAUACCGUGGGAUUGGCAUUGGUUCAAAGCUAUUGAAUCAUGUUCUUGACAUGUGCUCAAAGCAAAACAUGUGUGAGAUAUACUUGCACGUGCAGACAAACAACGAAGACGCGAUCAAGUUCUACAAGAAGUUUGGGUUUGAGAUCACAGAUACCAUACAAAACUAUUACAUCAACAUUGAACCAAGUGAUUGCUACGUUGUCAGCAAGUCCUUCGCUCAGUCUGAAGCCAACAAAUGAUGAAAAAUACCCAACUCGGGGAAGCCAUUCCUCCCCCAGUUUGUUUCUUUGUUUGUUCAAUUCAAGAUCUAUUAAUGUUAUGAUGAUAGUCGGUUUCCGAGUUUUGCUUGUCUUGUUGACCUUAAAGGUUUCUUAUUGAUUCUAGAUUUAUAGAUUCAUGGUUAUAUACUUGCUGGUUUUGGACCUUUUUUUUGUUUGGGGAAGUUUUAACUUUGCAAUUCAAAGCUUUAUACUCAGUA